UGAUUUCAGGAUUGCGUUUAACUCUGGGCCGAUAUCCAACUCCUCGGAGUAUCUACUGCUAGCGGAGAGCGUUCAAAUGCCCAGGGGAGUAUCUACGUGACAUAUUUGAAAAUUCCCAAUUAUCCGAGAAACCACUCCAGUAACUCCAGCACCUUAUAGUAAUCAGCAGAUUUCAGUCUUCAUAAUGUUUCCUGCUGCUACUGGAGGGAAGUCAGUAUCCCUCACCAGGAGUAUCCGACUCCCCGUGGGAGAGUAGAAUUUGCGGCUGAAGUUUCAAGAGAAGAGACCCAAAUUCCUUCCAUAUCUGACAUUUCCACCACACUUUACAUGUCGACCGUUUCUUACCACCAUUUCUCCCCUUCUUCGUUGCUUCCACCGACCAACUGGCAACUCUCACGCACCCCUAGAAGGUCAUAUCCGUCGACUACUUGGACUGGUUCUACUCAAUCUAUCUCUUUCUCCUCCAGAAACUCUUUCGCUAGAGAGGCAUGGAGGGUGAUAGAUUUCAAGAACAUGGUAAAUUCUAGAAGAAGGACCAUGAUUAGGGCAGAAAUGUUUGGCCAGCUCACCACUGGACUCGAAGCAGCCUGGAAUAAGCUGAAAGGGGAAGAGGCCUUGACUAAGGAAAACAUUGCUGAACCUAUAAGAGAUAUUAAGAGGGCUCUUUUGGAAGCAGACGUUAGUCUCCCAGUUGUGAGAAGGUUUGUAGAAUCUGUUAGUGAACAAGCUGUUGGUAGUAGCUUGAUUCGUGGAGUGCGACCUGAUCAGCAAUUGGUCAAAAUUGUACAUGAGAAGCUUGUGAAGCUGAUGGGUGGAGAGGUCUCUGAUCUGGUUUAUGCAAAAUCUGGCCCCACUGUUAUUUUGCUGGCUGGCCUACAAGGUGUGGGAAAGACGACUGUUAGUGCAAAAUUAGCUUUAUAUAUUAAAAAGCAGGGAAAGAGUUGCAUGCUAAUUGCUGGAGAUGUAUAUAGACCUGCUGCAAUUGAGCAACUCACCAUUUUAGGUGAACAGGUUGGUGUGCCUGUUUAUACAGCAGGAACUGACAUUAAACCUGUAGAUAUAGCUCGGCAAGGUUUAGCAGAGGCCAAAAUAAAGAAAAUAGACGUGGUCAUUAUGGAUACAGCUGGAAGGCUUCAGAUAGAUAAAGAGAUGAUGGAUGAACUGAAGGAUGUUAAAAGAGUACUGAACCCCACUGAAGUUUUACUUGUAGUGGAUGCAAUGACUGGCCAACAAGCAGCAACUUUGGUAUCAUCAUUCAAUCUUGAAGUUGGAAUAUCUGGUGCCAUUAUGACAAAGCUAGAUGGGGAUUCUAGAGGUGGAGCAGCAUUGUGUGUCAAGGAGGUUUCAGGAAAGCCAAUCAAGCUUGUAGGAAGGGGUGAGCGCAUGGAAGACCUUGAACCUUUCUAUCCCAAUCGUAUGGCUGGACGAAUCUUAGGGAUGGGAGAUGUUCUAUCAUUUGUGGAGAAGGCCGAAGAAGUAAUGCGUCAAGAAGAAGCUGAGGAGUUGCAGAAGAAAAUAAUGAGUUCUAAAUUUGACUUCAAUGAUUUCCUGAAGCAAAUCCGCGCAAUUGCACAGAUGGGUUCCAUGGCUCGGGUUAUAGGAAUGGUUCCUGGAAUGUCUAAGAUUACUCCUGCACAAAUCCGAGAGGCGGAAAAGAGCUUUAAGAUAAUGGAAUCGGUGAUAGAAGCAAUGACUCCUGAGGAGAGAGAGAACCCAGACCUGUUGGCCAACUCUCCAGUUAAGAGAAAACGAAUUGCUCAAGGGUGUGGAAAAACUGAGCAGCAGGUCAGCAAAAUUCUCUCUCAGUUUUUUCAAGCGCGUGCUCAUAUGAAGAAAUUAAUGGGUGCAAUGGAGGAUGGGUCCGUUCCUAAACUUGAAGAGGCAACAAAGUUGGUACAGCAGACCUCUGCUGGAACUGCAAGGAGGAAGCGGAAAUCAACACUGAAAAAGCUAUUUACAGACUCUGCUUCAGCAAGACCAAGCGCUCGCGGUUUUGGAGCCAAAUAAGAAAUCAGGAAUUCCUUUUCCACUUUUGAGCAUAGUUGAAGAAGAGUUUCUUUUUUGCUAGUAUCACCCUAUAGGGUCUGUUUCAAGCAUCAAAUUACCCUUCUUUCUGGGGAGGGACAAUAGGGAAAUUAAAAGCUUGAAUGUUGUCUCCUUGCAUGCUCAUAGUGUACAACUGUACAUGUUUGGUUCCUCCUAUGCCUAUACACAUUUGAAACUUGCUUCCUCUUUUAGUAUGCAGACACAAUCACCAUAUGAUCAUACCACAGAGAAACAAACUAAAAACACUGGUUGUUUGAUAUAAUAAUAUCAUCUUCCAAGUUUCAAUACCCUAUUUAUUCCCUAAACUUAAGUAGGAGUGGACACGAGUGGACACUAUUUAUGACACUAUAAUCUUGUUGAGUGUACAAAAUAGGCUGGAACUUGGAACUUUGGAAGCAGCCGUGCAUAUUGUUAUUGCCAGUUUUCUUUUUAU